AUGUCGGAUCAGGAAGACAUGGACGUUGACUCGGUGGGUGGCGUUGAGAUCAGCGACCAGCAGGCCCAAGAAGAUGAACUCGACUUGAAAUAUCCCAAUCGCCCUCGCAACAAGGGCGAAACGCUUCCAUUCUCCACCCUUUGCAAGGAUUUAUUCAAUCCAUUGAUAGAGCUUCGAAUGAACAAGCAAAAGGCUCCCCCUGGGAAUCGUCGAGCAUUGGGCCCCAACAGGACUAAGUCAUCGCCAACCGAGAAACGAAACGCCCUCAUUGAACGUUACAUCUCCCGUUGGCGUCGUGAGGUAGGAGAUGAUUUCUAUCCUGCUUUUCGUCUCAUCAUCCCUGAUAAAGACCGGGACCGUGCUAUGUAUGGUCUGAAGGAAAAGGUCAUCGCUCGCCUCUUGGUCAAGAUGAUGAAGAUCGACAAAAAUUCAGACGACGCCUUUAGUCUUCUGAACUGGAAAUUACCACACCCAGGAUCUACAACUCAAAUUGCAGGUGAUUUCCCUGCUCGUUGUCAAGAUGUUAUCUCGAAAAGACCCAUGCGAAUCGACCCAGGAGACAUGACCAUCCAAGAGGUCAAUGAAGCCUUGGAUAAAUUGGCUGCAGCACCAAAGGAAGAGAACCAGCUAUCAAUAAUGACGGAGUUCUACAAGCGUAUGAAUGCUGACGAGUUCACUUGGCUGAUCAAAAUCAUUCUCCGCAGCAUGAGGAUUUAUGCCACUGAUAAAACAUUCCUCCAUCUCUGGCACCCAGAUGCCGAGACUCUCUUCAACGUCUCUAGCAGCCUGAGAAGAGUCUGUUACGAGCUGUACAACCCCAAUGUCCGCUUAGAAACUGAAGAUACUGGUGUCACCUUGAUGCAGUGUUUCCAGCCUCAAAGUGCUCGACACAAUACUCACCUCUCCAUCGCGAGUAUGAUCGAAAGGCUGCGACGAGGAAAUGAACCCCGAGAAUUCUGGAUCGAAGAGAAAUUGGAUGGGGAGCGGAUGCAGCUUCAUAUGAUUUCCGUCUCAGAUGACAAAGACACAGGAGUAGAGGGCGGUAAACAAUUCAGGUUCUGGUCUCGAAAGGCCAAGGAGUACACAUAUCUAUACGGUGAAGGCUUUUACGAUGAUAAAGGCUCCCUGACCCAAUUUAUCAAGGGUGCUUUUGCCCCUGACGUUGAGAGCAUCAUUCUAGAUGGAGAAAUGAUUACUUGGGAUCCGACCCUGGACAAGAUUGUCCCGUUUGGGACCCUCAAGACCGCCGCACUAUCCGAAAUCAACAAUCCGUUUGCUAAUGGUAUUAGACCAUUGUUCCGGGUGUUUGAUAUUCUUCUGGUCAACGGCAGGCCCUUGACCCGCUGGACUUUACAAGAUCGAAGAAAUGUGCUUGAAAGGUCGGUCAAGUCUGUGCACCGGCGUCUGGAGCUCCACGACCACAUUGUCGCAACUACUGCCCAAGAAGUCGAGGACGAACUUCGUAAAGUGAUAGCAAAUUCGUCCGAGGGUCUCUUAUUGAAGAACCCCCGUUCCGCCUACCGCCUGGAUGAACGCAAUGACGACUGGCAAAAGGUCAAACCUGAGUACAUGACCGAAUUUGGCCAAUCACUGGAUUGCUUGAUCAUCGGAGGCUACUAUGGAAGCGGACGUCGUGGAGGUGCGAUCUCAAGUUUCAUGUGCGGGCUGCGAGCACCUUCGACAUCGGAUAGACGUCGUGGUGAUACUCAACCAGGAACCCAAUCAUCAACACACUCUCAAGGCCCAAGUCAGGAUGAUGCUUCCAAUCAGCGGUUUCUAACUUUCUGCAAGGUUGGGGGAGGACUUUCUGCUAGUGACUAUGCAACCAUCCGCCACGAGACCGAGGGGAAAUGGAUCGACUGGGAUCCGAAGAAUCCUCCCACAAAAUACAUUGAUAUUGGUGGUCCAGCGACUGCUGGCCGUGAAAAACCAGAUCAGUGGAUCAAGCCAGAAGACUCCCUUGUGAUCGAGAUCAAAGCGGCGGAAAUCACCCUGAGCGAUGAUUAUGGCGCAGGCCUCACGCUGCGAUUUCCUAGGUUCAAACGUCUACGAAGGGAUAAGUCCUGGGAACAAGCCUUGUCUGUUGAUGGCAUGGAGGACCUUCGCAAAAAGGCCGCAAAGGACCACCGCGAGAAGGAGAUCAAGAUCGACGAUGAGAAGAAGCAAAGGCGAAAGCAGGCCACCGCCACGAGGAAAAAACCUUUGACUAUAGCUGGCUAUCAUGCGAAGGAUGUGAACAACGUUGAAGAGCCUGUGGGACCUAAAGGGGAAGUCUUGUCUGGCUUGACUUUCUACAUCAUGACAGACUCCGGUUUGAAUGGCUCCCAGAAGAAAACUAAACUGGAACUUGAAGCACUAGUAAAAGCAAAUGGUGGUAAGGUUGUCCAGACGCACUCCGCCGUUGAAGAUACAGUGUGUGUCGCGUCACGCCGAACUGUCCCCGUCGCAAGUUUGAUCAAAGCUGGUAAGAAAGAAAUCAUCAAACCAAUCUGGAUUUUCGACUGCAUCGAUCAAGCGAGAAAAGACUUUACAAGGGGAUUACCGGAGAUUGUUAUCCCAUACGAGUCCGAGCGACAUUUAUAUUUUAUUCCCGAGGAUAAAGAAGGGGUAUGGGACGACAACGUCGAUGAAUAUGGCGACUCGUAUGCCCGCGACAUAUCGGUGGAAGAGUUGACCGCCACCAUGGCGAAGAUGCCAAAUGCAGAAGAAUCCAUAGACCGAAGCGACCUAAUCCCCGCCAUCUUACCAGACUUCAUGAACUUGAGAGGUACAAUGUUCCACGACUUGACAAUGUAUCUCGAUUCCGGUUCAACGACAAAACAGCACCGUAGUGGCUCUUCGAGCGGUCCAGAUGGUCAAGCCGACGUCGAAGACCCUCAACUUCUCACGGCACGUAAUACGAUAAUGUUUGCUGGUGGGAAGGUCAGUCCCAGUUUGACUAACGAGGUGACGCAUAUUGUGGCUUCAUCUGAAUCGGACCUGUCUCUGCUGCGGAAGGAUCUGUCCAAGAGAAAAGGCAAGAUUCCUCGCAUAGUCACUACUGAGUGGGUCGAGGUCUGCUGGACAGAGAGCACAAGAAUAGAUGAGGAGGCUUAUGACGCAAGGUAAGGAGCAAACCCAGGGCAGAUCUGAUACGCUAUAAGCACCGCAUGGCAUUCGACUAGCCGUUCCUAAAUGAGAACGUUGGAUAUGAUAUGCU